AUGUUUUGGCGGAAAUUCUCGAGCGUUGCUCGGGUAGGACUACGUUCUCUAUCUAGAGUGGUUCAAAGAAAAGACGAACUUCGAUUUGCUGCAAUUUUAGGUGGACAUUUGCGUUAUUUCAGUAGUGAAUCUGCUACAAACAACGCAUCAACUCAGAGACUGUGGAGCGAUAUCGGAGGUGACGAUGUUUCUUCGAAUCCUUUUGAUGAUUUAGGCGCGUGGCAUGAUGCUGAAGCCAAAUCGUUUCUUCAUAACGUUUCAGUGGAUACUGUUGGCAAAAGCACGUCUAUAGGCUAUAGAACAGCAAAUGAAGAUAACUUUCAACUAGUAGAACUUGAACCAGAUUUGUACUAUUUCGCGGUCUUUGAUGGUCACGGCGGGUCAGUCGCUGUGGAUUUCGUCAGCGAACAUCUUCAUGGUUGUGUUAGACAUUAUUACAGCUACGAUAAAGACAUGGAAAAGGUACUAAUCAAAGCUUUUACCAAAUGCAACGAGGAUUUGGAAAAGUACUGUCACUGGCUAACCGAAAGAGGUAAGUUUUUAAUUGAAACUAAGCUUUUAACAGUGAUAAACAACUGAAGGGUUGAAUUGUCAGUGAAUCGAAACUGUCUGUACUCGAAACAAUAAAUCUGUGAUAUUUCUCAAUUUUUUUUACCGUUGACUGACUUCUAAAACUAUGAAUACUUCGUAGCUAAAUGUCUGUUCCUUUUGCGUACAUCCUGACCUUGACUGUUUAUUCUUCCUCCGAGGAAACGAUAAUUCAUUCACCACACGCGUGCGUUUCAGAAUGUUUUGAAAGUUGACACUCUGCAAAACCUGGAUCGAGCACGUGCAUGUUGUAACCAUCAACAAGCUCUUGCCACAUCCACUCAAGGAAAUUUAAUGUGAAAGUGUAUGUUGAUGAACGUCAGAAAUUUUUCCCAAAUUUCAUGUGACAAAUGAAGCGGAAAAACUGGCGCUCCAAUUUUAUCUCGCAAUAUUUUGACAUUAUGACAUAACCUCGUGAAGUUCCCGAGUACAGAAUAAAAGGAAAAGAGCCAUAGCCCCGCGAGAUAAUAUUAUUCUCACAAGUCAUAGUUGUUUGUCUGCAUGACUCACCACACAAGACUCUAUAUUUCAGAGUUUCCAGUUCUUUUAAAAUACAACUUUAUAGCAUCCUUGCUUUGUUGUUAUGCAUGAAUUAGCAAUAUUAGAGUCUUCCGCUGUUGAUUGAGUGGAAACAGAGUUACUUUAAUUAAUGAACUGGUCACGAUGACUCAACAUGGUGACAGGGGAUGCAACAGGACUAACGUCAGUUGUCAUGUCCUAUACACAAAGACAACAGAUUUGCAAUAAAAAAACUCGGACACAUUCAGGCCUUAGUUUGAAUCCUUCUAAAUAAACAAGGGAUUGUUCAACAACAAUUAAAACUCCUGCAUUCCUUCCCGACUAAAAAUACUGUACUUGGGAUGUUCAAGGGUUACAAACAGUCAAUCUUGUCUAAUCUGCCACUAACAAAACUUACCUUAUUAUAGGAAAUAAAUGCUCCAUGAAAUUAAGGAAUUGGAAAUUAAAGCGACUUACAUUGAUGUGAAUUUAAUAGAAAACAACUUUCAAAUAAAGGAAAUUAACGCAAAAAAGAGGGUAACAUUUCAAAAAUAGUAAAUUAACCGGAUGUUCACAAAGGACGAAAACUACUGUUGAGACAACAGAACAACGUUGAACCUACAUGUGUAUAGUAAUUCAUAAAAAAUUUAUGGCAACUUUGUAUGAGGUACUUUCCAUAAACUUUCCUCAAACUCAUUAAUAAUUCAUAAAGAAAGUACAAAGGAAAUAAUGUUUAAUGGGUGUUUGGAAAUCAGAUAAAAAAUUGCUAUUCUUUCAAAUCCUUAAUUUCUCCUUCUAAAAUCAUUUUGUUUGAAAAGUAAUAUCAAGCAUGGGACACAGCUGUGUUGCAUCACCAGAUGAAACACUUCAAAGUUCGUCAGAAAUACUCUUUUAAUAAUAAAACAUUUAGAUUAAGUUUAUUGUGUUUUCUAAUUACACAGUGUUUAAUUAUUGUUUUAGGUGACAGAGAAAAUGUACAGCACUGCGGUACAACAGCAACAGUAGCACUCCUACGAGAUGGCACAGAUCUAACUGUGGCUAGUGUUGGUGACAGUAGUGCUUUAAUUUGCAGACUGGGCGAUGCUGUUUCAUUAACAAAUGCUCACCACCCCACAAGAGAGGAUGAACUGCAAAGAAUAACAUCAUUAAACGGCUGGAUUGAUUGGGGAUUUGAUGCAAUGGUUAAUGGAAAACUUGCUAUGACUCGCUCAAUUGGAGACUUUCAUCUAAAGCCUUAUGGUGUGAUAGCCACCCCAGAGAUAACACAGCUGAAGCUUAAUCAUCAAACUGAUUCUUUUAUUGUUCUACAUACUGAUGGCAUUUCACAUGUCAUGUCUGAUAAGGAGGUAACAGAACUUGUACGGAACUGUCCUGAUGCUGAGUAUGCUGCAAAUGUACUAACAUCAUGUGCGCUGCAGUAUGGUUCAGAGGACAAUAUCACAGCGAUAGUUAUUCCCCUGAGGUUGUGGGGAAAGUAUCGUACACAGCAGAUUUCAAAGGAACUCAGCCUGUUAAAAAAUAUGCGAAUUAAAUACAAUUAGCUAGUUUUAGACAGAAGUUUGUAUAUAGUUAGAUUAGAUCUCACUAGUGUUGCAUGCAGGUGAGGAGGAGAUAAAGGUUUGUGGGUGGGGCCGUAAGUGGAGGCUUAUAAAGGAUGUGUUACCAAAAACAUUUAAUGGUCGAGGUUGUAUUAUAUAAUUCUAUUCUUUGUCUAUUUAAGGGAUGUAUGUAAGAAUAUACAAUACUUAAAUUAGAGAGCAAUAAUAACUUCCAAACACAUGGUUUUUAUGUGAAUUUUGAAUGGGCAUAAAACAUGCCUCAGUCUGCACACUUAAUUGCUAUAACAAGCUCACAAAAUAAUUUAUUAGUAAUUGCAGUGGAACAAGGGUGAAGUUUGGGUGGACAGUUCUGCAUAAAUCACACUGUACAGUAUUUUGUCAACUCAAGCCUUGGGUUCACUGAGGUGCUGAGAUUAAAAUCUUGGCAGGAAUGCAGGAGUUUAAGGAUGCAAAAAAGUUUGCCUAAGUAACUUUGUAGAUAAUAUCUUUUAUUGUAAAAUUAUUAGACUACGAGUAGUCCCCCAUUUUCCCUCAGGGAUAGUAGAGCGAGCAAAACGCGAGCGCGCGUGAAAAUCAACCCACGUGAGAAAAGGCGACACGCGGU